ACUCACUCCCCCUCUGUCUAAACCCUCUUUUACUGAAGCGCCCAUUUCAUUGCAGAUCUAAUUUCAUUUUAUAACUUCUUUAAGUUUUUGAUGACUUUGUAACCUUGUUUCGCAGGUAAAAUUUUAUUGUUUGUGGAAAGAACAAAGAUUCGAAGAUGAGUAAGCUUCAGAGUGAUGCGCUUAGAGAAGCUAUUUCAACCAUUGUAGCUCAGUCAAAGGAGAAACAGCGCAAAUUUACUGAGACCAUUGAACUCCAGAUUGGUCUGAAAAACUAUGAUCCUCAAAAAGACAAGCGAUUCAGUGGAUCUGUGAAGCUGCCUCAUAUUCCUCGCCCCAAGAUGAAGAUUUGCAUGCUUGGAGAUGCUCAACACGUUGAAGAGGCAGAGAAGAUAGGUUUGGAUUAUAUGGACGUGGAAGCAUUGAAGAAACUGAACAAGAAUAAGAAGUUGGUGAAGAAGCUUGCGAAGAAGUAUCAUGCCUUUUUGGCUUCUGAAUCUGUCAUCAAGCAAAUCCCACGUCUUCUGGGUCCUGGUCUCAACAAAGCAGGUAAAUUCCCAACCCUUGUCACUCACCAGGAUUCACUAGAGUCGAAGGUGAAUGAGACAAAGGCAAUGGUUAAGUUCCAGCUGAAGAAGGUUUUAUGCAUGGGAGUUGCUGUUGGGAAUGUUGCAAUGGAGGAGAAGCAGAUCUUCCAAAAUGUGCAAAUGAGCGUCAAUUUCCUUGUUUCCUUGUUGAAGAAAAAUUGGCAAAAUGUGAGGUGCCUCUACUUGAAGAGCACCAUGGGUCUUUCAAACAGGAUCUUUUGAGUUCAUAUUUUUACCUUCUGUUAUGUACGGACUGAAAGUAGUAGUGGGGAUUUAAUACUAAAAUCAGUUUUUUUCUUCUCUUUUACUUAGAAUGUUUAAGUUUAUGUUAUGUUCUGUUGUUCCCUAGAAAUGUUAUGAAUACGAGACAUUGGAAUAUUGAUUUGCUUAUCAA